AUGAAGCGAAUGUUUGGGAAUGUCAUACAUGUAAAAAAAAGUAUAAACAUCGACAGAGCUUACAAAACCAUAAAAAAUUUGAAUGUGGUGUUGAAAAAAUGUUUCAAUGUCGUAUUUGUAAUAAACGAUUUAGUGUGCUGGAAGUUAAAUAAACAAGACUUUGUGAUUGUUGACGAACGGUAUCAAUGUCCCAACCAGUGUGGCAGAAGUUACAAAGCGUUACAUGGUGUCAGACAACAUUUACGCUAUGAAUGCGGUGUAAGGCCUAAAUUCUCAUGCGCAGUGUGUAUGAAAUGUUUUGCGUAUAGAAACGUGCUGAAAAUUCAUAUGUCAACGGUACUAGAGUUUGGCGUUGUGUCAAUGAACAUUGCAGUCGCAGUUACAAGAACAAAUUUCAUUUGACCUACCACUUGAAGUAUGAAUGUGGAAAACAACCCUUAUACAAAUGCGACUUUUGUCUAAGGAUGUUUUCGAGAAAUUCAAAUAUGAAGAAACACAUGUUCACAGUACAUAAAUAUAUUAGUCCCUGACUUUCUUCUUAGA